UCAAAGAAAAACGUACUUAUGGUCGAAAAAAGAAUUAAUCGCCUCAAAUACAAAGCUUUCUAUGCAAUAUUGCAAGAAGAAAACGAAAAUCUUCAAACCAUAUCCUUCGAUUGCCAGAAGAACCAGGCGAUGCCCAAAGUACCGGAUCAAUCUGCCUACUACAGUAGACAGAUCAACUUUUACCACUUCGCCAUUGUUGUGGGAAAUUCAAAGGCUAAACUGAAUAAAAAUAACAUUCAUUCCUACUAUUGGGAUGAAAGUUCACACUGCAAAGGUAGUAAUGAGAUAAUUAGCGCAGUUUACGAUUUCCUGAAAAAUUUUGAAUUUGGAGAUACAAUAAAAAUUUUACGAAUAGUGUCUGACGGUUGCGCCGGACAAAAUAAAAAUACAGGUAUGAUAGCGAUGCUCGGUAAAUGGUUGUACACAGAAGCCCCAACAAAUAUCAAGAAAAUAGAGCUGAUCUUCCCUGUUGUAGGUCACUCCUUUAUACCUCCAGACAGGCUGUUUGCCAGAAUUGAGAAAACACUGAAAACAAAGGAAGUGAUAAUCUCUCCAUCCGAAUAUGCAGCUGUUUUAAAACAAAAUGGUAUGUGCAAAGAUCUAGCAUCAAUUCCUGUAUUUGAUUGGAAAAAAAGUUACGAGUCCAUCAUUAAACCUACCACGUCUUGGCAUUUUCAGUUUAUGAAAACAAAAAGAUUUUUUAUUACAAGAACGAAAACAGAAAACAUUUUAGUACAGGGUGAAGAGACGUACAGAAACGAAAUACGCCAAAAAAAGACUAUCACAAAAAACAAUAAAAAUAUCACCAUGAUAUCUCCUCAAAUAAUCCAGCCAAAUCGUGUUUACAUAAAACAAGCUAAAAUUCAAGACGUCGACAGACUUCUUAAAAAACACUAUGGAAAUGAUUGGAGAAACUUGGAAGAAUUGAUUUUUUUUAAAUCUUUAAUCGAGAGAAUGAGUACCGCUGAAACGAGAGACUUUAUAAGAUUGUCGGAAGAGACUGAUUUGUGUGAAGCAGGAUUUACGGAUAAUAUUUGUCAUGUUUGAAUUUUUUAUCCCCCUCUCUCUCUUUCAUUUUUAUUAUAUUUUUAAUAAAUACGUAAAUUAAAUU